AGGAUGUGUUUGUAGUGACACUAAUUAUAUUGAUAUAAGGAGAUGUGAUGAAUCUUAAUGACAUACCUAAGGGCUAAGAUUCCUAGUAGGAGAAACAACUCAAAUGUGACCCCUUUGCCCUUUAAAAGAUGCUUGAUGUUCCUUUAUGUACAAAUCUUGGAAGCAUUACAACUACGCACUUAUAAUUAAGCAAAUUAUAUUAGUGAAUUACAAUUAAAUAAAAAAAUCAAGCACUGUGAAGUAGAAUUAUUCAGACAUUUCCCCCCCCCAAAUUACAGCAUGUAUUCCCAUAGUAAAAAAUAAAUGUCAUUAAUCACCUAAGUUGUCCUGAUUAUUGUACGUGCUAAUUUUUGCCAGCUAUGACUUGUAAAAGGAGAAUAUCUCACUGAACAUUUUUCACUUGUUAUGCAGGCAGUACAGGUUUCUAGAACUAGCAGUUCAGAUUUAAUAAAAGCUGCUGUUCUGCAUGUUCAUAAUGUAUUUCUUAGAGGCACAGCAAGCUCCUGAAACUCUGGUCUUCCCAGAGUCAUAUUCACUUACAUGUGCUUGGCUGCAAUAGUUCUUCAUAGUUUAUCACAUGAGGCCCUCCCAUCCUUUAAGAAAAUGAUAUGUGGUUGUAAAAGAAGGAGAGGCUUCUUAUGGCUUCUUAUGGUGUGGACCAGGAGCUUGCAACACAAAUGAUCAGAAGAAAUUGUCCCAGGACCUGUCUUGGUUUUGACCCAAGUUUUUCUGUGGCCCCAAAUUAAUGGGGGAUCUAAGGGAGCUAAACUCAGUGGGACAGCAGGGGAAAGCAUUGGGAUGAGGUGAAAGUCCAGGCAGGUCUUGCAAAGCUGUGGAGCAGAAGAUCCACACAGAACCAAGAAUCACAGCUCAGAACUCCGGCCUCCUGCUCACCACAGAGGCACAGCACAUUGCUCAGCAAUGCAAUGGAACUUACUGUUGGAGGAAGGAUAAAAAGAAGAAAAGAGUUUAUAAUUUCAGAUUGUGCUAGUUUGUUUUUUUCCUUAUCACUAACCUUGGGGGCAGAUACUUAAAGGCACAGCAGGUUCAGGGAGCUCAGAGUUCUCUGGGGGCAGCAUCUUCCCUUUCAAAGGACAGAGCUUCUCUUUGAACCCUGGGGAAUUGAGACAACCGUGUGACUUGGCAAAUCUGACCCUGAUGCUUGUUGGGGCUGGUGUCAGCCACGAGGAGCAGCUCAGUGUGCUGUGAUGAGUUCAACAGCUGCCAUCCCCACCAAUAAAUCAGUGACUUCCUGCUCUGGUUUACUCUCUGUCUAUCAUAAGUCACUUCCCACAAGGAUCCAGACCACAUCAGUGUCAACAAUGUAAAAUCUGCAUCAUUUUUGCACCAGUGCUUUGCUGCUUUAGCAUGGGUCCACCCACCAAGGUGCCCCAGACACUGAAGCCCCUGGGUGACCUGCAGGGUGGAGGAUGGGUUUAUAGGUUAUAGCCACUUACAGAAGUUGCUGAUGAUACUUUGCACUCCAGGAGAGUUCAGUUGUCAUUCAGUGAUAUGGAAGGUUAAAAUCACCUCAACACUGUAAGCAGUUUGGGGACUGGAUCAUUUCCAGGCUCUCCGUGCAGCACCCAACAAAACAAAUUGCUUGACAGGGAUUUCCACACAUAUGGCAAUACAAAUAAAGCAAUAAAACCAUCGAAUAUAAACUACUAUUAAAGAAGAAACUCUGCCCUCUUUGGCUGCUGUGCUGGAGGAUAAGGCAGUCCCUGACAGGCAAUAAAGGCUGCCUGGACCUUUAAGAGCUGCUGUUGCCAGUUCAGCUCUUCCUGGGACCUUUGGAGCAGCGCAGGGUGGAAAGCCUGAGCUGACUGCGUGCGAGGUGAGCUCUGCAUGCCUGAUCCUCAACUGCAUCCUGCAGCUCUGGGUCAGCCCCUCUGGGAAAGCUCCCCCUGUGAGCCUGCACAGCCUGUGCACAGCACUGCAGGUGUAUUAGCAAAGCACAGACUACAGGAACCGAGGCUGAUGGGAAAAUGAACAUUCAGGAGUAUUUUGGAAGAAUAUCUUACAACAAGCCCCAUAAGGAUGCAGACUUGCAAACCCUGACAGCCAUCUUCCAGCAUCACAUCCACAGCAUUCCUUUUGAGAACCUCAGCAUGCACUGUGGGGAGCCCAUUGAACUGGAUUUGCAGGCUAUUUACAAUAAGAUUGUGAGAAAGAAACGUGGUGGGUGGUGCCUGGAAACCAACUAUCUCCUCUUCUGGGCCUUGCAAGAAUUAGGGUAUGAUGUCUGUAUUCUUGGUGCAAACAGCUAUGAACCAGCAGAGAAGGGAUAUGGUGCUCAGAUGAACCAUAUCCUGCUGAAGGUGGUGGUGAAGGGAGAGCCUUACAUAGUAGAUGCAGGGUUUGGUGGGGCCUACCAGAUGUGGCAGCCGCUGAUGCUGAUUUCUGGGAAGGACCAACCCCAGGUUCCUGGCAUUUUCCGCUUCAUGGAAGACAACGGCACCUGGUACUUGGAGAAAGUCAAAAGGAAGCAUUGCAUUGCUGAGCACAGCAAGGAUGACUUCCCUCAUACUCCAGAGCUGGGGAAUAUCCGAAAAAUACAAAAAUUUACCCUCGAGCCACGGCAUAUAGAUGACUUCCAGGAGCUGAAUGCAUACCUCCAAGUGUAUCCAGAUAACCUCCUUCGGAAGAAGUCAAUCUGCAGUCUCCAAACCACCAAUGGGGUCCUUGCCUUGGUUGGAUGGACCCUCACUGAGAUGAAGUACAACUACACAGAGGACAUGGACAUGGUGACCACCACAACCCUUACAGAUGAAGAGGUUGAGAAGACACUGAAAGAUAAAUUCAGUAUAGAAUUGGAGAACAAGCUUGUACCAGUAAAUGUUCGUGGCUUGCCACCUAAUUUAGUGGAUAAGAUCUAACUGUAACUCUCUGCUAGAUGGAUCUUUAAAUAGCCAAGAGGAAAAUUCUAAAAUUAACAUUAAUUACAAUAAUCUCAUUUUUAACUUGAGCUAGUCACAAAGCUUGGUAAAUUCCAGUACAUUGCUAAUUAACUGCAUAUAUCAAUUGCAUAUUUUUUUAUUAAACCUCUCCUUCUUUAGAAACCAAGACAUCUUACUAGCUCUGUUUUGCUCAUAUGGAAGUUUUUGGUUUUUGAUAAGGUUUUUGACUCCUUAACUUUUUUUUUCACCUUCUCAAGAACUCAUUUUAUUGCAGAUAUAUUUUGUGGCAAAUGAGACCAAAAUUAUGCAGAAGGAGAGGUUGUGUUACCAUUUUACACAAAAGACCUCUAACCUUUUUUGGCAUUAUUUCCAAUCUUUUACAAAUUAUUCACUUAUCUUAACAGUCUUAUAGUUGAGCUGAAUUUGGCUUUUAAAUACUGUAGAAAAAAGAAAGGUUAAGACUUUCUCAAAACAAGCCACCAUUAGGUGCUGAUUAGCUUAUGAAAAGUUGAAAGACUUAAGUCCUGUUUCCUUUGCAGAAACUGACUUAAAGUUAAGAUAUUUAUCCAAGGGUACCUAAACCCUCCACAAAAUCUCUCUAAUUUUGAGUACCCUUUUUUUCUGAUUUAUCUGUGUCUCUGAAUUCAAUAUAAAAUCUGUAGAUGAGAUGAUUCAACAGUUAUUAAAAAUCAGGCUUUUGGUAUCAAAACUGGAAAAAAAGUUAGAUCAAUCUUCGCACACUAUAAUCUAAACUUUUGGGACCGUGCCUUCAUGUGAUGUCAAGAGGAGAUGAUAGUAUUAUAGAUAAGAUCUUCAUAUUUAUUACAAACAGCAUUCUGCACAAAACCUACCUUAAAAAGUGUGGAUGCAAAAGAAAGCCCUGGGAAGUGAGGAUGUGCCACCAGUGUGGUGUCACAGCAAGACACCCAUGACAGAAGCCUUUUCCCUGAUGAUACAUGUGGUACUGUACAGGACGUGCCAUGAAAGAGGGUGACAGAAGAACAUCAGCCAAGGAGAAGUCUUUGAUUCUUGUCUUAAUCAACCACACAGACCUACCUGAUGUGCCUAAAACUCAGGUGCUUCCCCAGGUGCAGUCUAAUGUGCUCUUUGCCUUUCCCAGAGGCCUCCUCUGAUAUUCCACCUCCAUCCAAUGAAGAAGGGACGGGCUUGACCGGGGAGAAUUAAAGGAACAGCAAUUAAAUAAACAGCACUGCAACACUGUGAGGGUGCAGGAGGCCAGGUUUUAGAGCAGAAAUGCAUUACUUGAUGCAAAUAAAUAUUUACCAUGGCAUUCAUUAGCUCCACAAUAACUCCCUGCUACAGCUGAGGAGUUGAACAGCUUGAAACAGUUCCUGUGUGGGCAAAGAAGGGCCAUUUGUGCAUCCAUGGAGCUCAGCCUGCAACACCUUGGCACCUCAGUGUACCCACCAGGGCACAGAUGAACACCCUCCACUGCAAAGUGCUGGUUUACAAAAUAACAAUAUUUAAUUAAAAAAAGUUAUAACGCCA